AUGGCGGAGCGCGGACAGCAGCCUCCUCCCGCGAAACGGCUCUGCUGCCGGCCGGGCGGCGGCGGCGGGGGCAGCAGCGGCGGCGGCGGUGCAGGUGGCGGGUACAGCUCUGCCUGUCGGCCCGGCACGCGGGCGGGCGGCGCGGUGGUGGCGGCGUGCGGGGGCGGCGCGGCGCUAGGGCUGCUGCCGCCUGGCAAGACCCAGAGCCCCGAGUCGCUGCUGGACAUCGCGGCGCGCAGGGUGGCGGAGAAGUGGCCGUUCCAGCGCGUGGAGGAGCGCUUCGAGCGCAUCCCGGAGCCGGUGCAGCGCCGCAUAGUCUACUGGUCCUUCCCCCGCAGCGAGCGGGAGAUCUGCAUGUACUCGUCCUUCAACACCGGUGGCGGCGCCGCGGGCGGCCCCGGCGACGACAGCAGCGGCCCAGGAGGCGCGGGCGGCGGCGCAGGCGGCGCGGGCGGCGGCGGCUCCUCGUCCUCGCCGGCCGCCACCUCAGCCGCCGCCGCCGCUGCCGCCGCCGCCGCCGCCGUGGGGGCCGGGGCCCCGUCGGUGGGGGCCGCCGGGGCAGCGGACGGCGGCGACGAGACGCGGCUGCCCUUCCGCCGGGGCAUCGCGCUGCUGGAGAGCGGCUGCGUAGACAACGUCUUGCAAGUCGGUUUCCACUUGAGCGGCACAGUAACAGAACCUGCAAUACAAUCGGAGCCAGAAACUGUUUGCAACGUGGCCAUCAGCUUUGACCGUUGCAAGAUUACCUCAGUGACCUGCAGCUGUGGAAACAAGGACAUAUUUUAUUGUGCCCAUGUUGUGGCACUGUCUUUAUACCGCAUCCGCAAGCCAGAUCAGGUCAAACUGCAUCUUCCCAUUUCAGAGACUCUCUUUCAAAUGAAUAGAGACCAACUACAAAAGUUUGUACAGUAUUUGAUCACAGUGCACCACACAGAAGUGUUGCCAACUGCUCAAAAAUUAGCAGAUGAAAUUCUUUCCCAAAAUUCAGAAAUCAACCAAGUUCAUGGUGCUCCUGAUCCAACAGCAGGUGCUAGUAUAGAUGAUGAAAACUGCUGGCACUUAGAUGAAGAGCAGGUUCAAGAACAGGUUAAACUGUUCCUUUCCCAGGGCGGGUACCACGGAUCAGGAAAGCAACUUAAUUUGCUCUUUGCAAAGGUGCGGGAGAUGUUGAAGAUGAGGGACUCCAAUGGGGCACGCAUGUUGACCUUGAUAACAGAGCAGUUCAUGGCUGAUCCUCGCCUGUCACUUUGGAGGCAACAAGGCACUGCGAUGACUGACAAAUAUAGGCAACUCUGGGAUGAGCUGGGUGCUCUGUGGAUGUGUAUAGUUUUAAACCCCCAUUGCAAGUUGGAACAGAAGGCCAGUUGGCUAAAACAGCUGAAAAAGUGGAACAGUGUUGAUGUCUGUCCAUGGGAGGAUGGAAAUCAUGGGAGUGAAUUACCCAACUUAACCAAUGCUCUGCCUCAGGGCGCAAAUGCCAACCAAGAUUCAUCGAACAGGCCACAUCGGACGGUGUUCACCCGAGCCAUUGAGGCAUGCGAUCUCCACUGGCAGGAUAGCCACUUGCAGCACAUUAUCAGCAGUGACCUAUACACCAACUACUGUUACCAUGACGACACUGAAAACUCCCUCUUUGACUCCCGUGGGUGGCCCCUCUGGCAUGAACAUGUUCCUACAGCCUGUGCAAGAGUGGACGCAUUACGUUCUCAUGGGUACCCCAGAGAAGCACUGAGACUAGCAAUAGCUAUUGUUAACACGUUAAGACGACAGCAACAGAAACAGUUGGAAAUGUUCCGAACUCAAAAAAAAGAGCUACCCCAUAAAAGCAUAACCUCAAUAACCAAUCUGGAAGGCUGGGUUGGACAUCCUCUGGACCCCGUGGGCACUCUCUUCAGUAGCCUUAUGGAAGCCUGCCACAUUGAUGAUGAAAACUUCUCUGGGUUCUCAGAUUUUACAGAGAAUAUGGGACAGUGCAAGUCUCUGGAAUACCAGCACCUACCUGCACACAAAUUCUUAGAAGAAGGGGAAUCCUAUUUAACGCUGGCUGUGGAGGUAGCCCUAAUAGGGCUGGGACAGCAGCGUAUCAUGCCUGAUGGGCUGUACACACAAGAGAAAGUUUGCCGGAAUGAAGAGCAGCUCAUUUCUAAACUUCAGGAAAUUGAAUUGGAUGAUACACUGGUGAAAAUUUUUCGCAAGCAAGCAGUCUUCCUAUUAGAAGCCGGACCAUAUAGUGGUUUAGGCGAAAUAAUCCAUCGGGAGAGCGUUCCAAUGCACACAUUUGCCAAGUAUCUCUUCACCUCUCUCCUACCUCAUGAUGCUGAAUUGGCAUACAAAAUUGCACUGAGAGCAAUGCGGUUACUAGUAUUGGAAUCUACUGCUCCAACGGGAGACCUCACCCGCCCACACCACAUUGCAUCAGUUGUUCCCAACCGAUACCCUCGUUGGUUCACUCUAAGCCACAUUGAAUCCCAGCAGUGUGAGCUGGCAUCCACCAUGCUAACUGCCGCCAAAGGCGAUGUUCGGAGGCUGGAAACAGUAUUAGAAUCCAUCCAGAAAAACAUUCACUCCUCAUCACAUAUCUUCAAGCUUGCCCAAGAUGCAUUUAAAAUAGCAACUCUCAUGGACAGUUUGCCAGACAUCACUCUUUUGAAAGUGUCUCUGGAGCUGGGCCUGCAGGUUAUGCGAAUGACACUGUCAACCUUAAAUUGGCGACGGCGGGAGAUGGUGAGGUGGCUGGUAACAUGUGCUACUGAAGUCGGUGUUUAUGCCCUGGACAGCAUCAUGCAGAGCUGGUUUACACUCUUUACUCCCACCGAGGCCACAAGUAUAGUUGCAACUACCGUGAUGUCCAACAGCACCAUUGUCCGCCUCCACUUGGACUGCCACCAGCAGGAAAAGCUGGCCAGCAGUGCCCGGACACUCGCAUUGCAGUGUGCCAUGAAGGACCCACAGAACUGUGCCCUCUCUGCGCUAACCCUUUGUGAAAAGGAUCACAUAGCUUUUGAGACGGCGUACCAAAUUGUUCUCGAUGCUGCUACGACCGGCAUGAGCUACACACAGCUCUUUACGAUAGCACGGUACAUGGAGCACCGCGGGUACCCCAUGAGGGCCUACAAGCUGGCCACCCUGGCCAUGACCCAUCUCAACCUGAGCUAUAAUCAGGACACACACCCUGCCAUUAAUGAUGUUUUGUGGGCCUGUGCGCUUAGCCACUCCCUUGGUAAAAAUGAGCUUGCAGCUAUAAUACCUCUGGUGGUCAAGAGUGUCAAAUGUGCAACGGUACUGUCAGACAUUUUGCGCAGGUGCACUCUGACCACUCCUGGCAUGGUGGGACUUCAUGGAAGGAGGAACUCUGGUAAGCUCAUGUCACUGGACAAAGCCCCCUUGAGGCAACUCUUGGAUGCCACGAUUGGGGCCUACAUCAAUACCACGCACUCACGGCUCACACACAUCAGUCCUCGGCACUAUAGUGAAUUUAUAGAGUUCCUCAGCAAGGCCCGAGAGACCUUCUUAAUGGCGCAUGAUGGACACAUUCAGUUUACACAGUUUAUUGACAACCUGAAACAAAUCUACAAAGGCAAAAAGAAACUGAUGAUGUUGGUUCGGGAGAGGUUUGGUUGA